UCAUCUUACUGUUCUUCUGCUGGACUUCAUUGGUUGGUUAUAGAGGUACAACUAUGCUGAUUGUGAAGUUUCUUCCAAUAUUUCUUGCAAUAUCCGCAGCGCAGGCCGCUUCUAUUCCACUCGAAGGUGAUUCAGCGGAUGUGGUUCGCUUAAGCAGUCCAAUUACAGCUGCACAAAUACGGGAGAGACGGUCUGCUUUUCCCGGCAGAGCAAUGAUGAUCCAUGGAUAUUUCGGUAAUGGGGGUCAGCCAUACCACAAUCCCGUGACACUUCAGCACGGUUACGACAGACACAAUGGCAGAUCCUAUGAUCCUCAGCGAGCCUUGACUGCUUUCGCUGCGGGAGACACGGUAUCAGCAGGAUCAUCUUAUUCUGGUGGCGGAGGAAGCCUUCACUGCAGGGACUGUAACGGCGCAGGCAAACCCGGCAACGGCAAAGGAAAUACGCACUCUAACGGCAACGGACAUCCCACAAACGGUAACGGGUUUCACCAACAUACAGUGCCUAGUCAUACACCCGCCACUAACGACAAACCCGUUAAUGUAAAUGGACAGCAGAAACCCAAAGGGGAAGAAGAAGUUGGCUACCCAAAUGCUAACGGGAAUGGAGCUGACAAUGGAGGUUACCCGGUGGAUCAGCCGGCCGCUGAAGAGACUGUUACACCUGCAGCGCCGACUCGCCCAGCCGCUACUGAGGCUCCCAAGAAAGGGCCUGCAGCCGAAGAAUCCGAGGAGGAAGAGGAGGACGAGGAGGGGGAACCACCAUUCUUCAGCCGCGGUAAGGGAAGAGGAAAGGGCCGAGGACCAUCCUACAAUACCUACUUUCCAAUAGUGUUCGGUGCGUAUCCUGGUUUCGGGGUUGGAAGAGGUAGUAGCCGACAAGACGAAAAUGCUUACAACCCUGGAGUGGCCACUGCCAUCGCAAACAGCUUCAGCACUGGACGCGGUGCCGUGGCCACAAGUCAUGCCACUGCAUACGGGGGCCCUCACUUCAUACCUCCGAGUUACAGGAGGAAUGGAUCGAGAGGACGUCCUCACUGACUGGAGAUGGAAGUGAUAUGAUACGGUUUAAGUCGGAUACAGCUACACGCAAGAAGAGUAAUCGAAAUUUACUGUGGUAGAGUUCAGAAGACUGCAGAAGAAAUGGAAGAUAAAGGCGAUUUGUAAUUCUCUUUUGGAGAACUUAUUUCUUUAAUUUUUACUUGCCAGACUUAAAAGUAAGUCAGUAGACUACAUAACAUUCCGAAAGGAAGUUCCUUUGAGUCAUCAAAUGUGAUGACAUAAUGUUUUUCUGCCAUUUAAGACAAAGCGAAGAACUCAUUAUUAUCUAAAAAUAGACAAAAUGACGUAAAUAUUACUGAUCUAAAUAUAUAAGAUUAAACAGUACAAUAUUUGCAACGUGGAAUUAAAUUUACUGUUAAUGUUUCUUCUCUCUCUCUCUUGCACUGUCUCUCUCUUAGUAUGAAAAUAUAUGAUUCAGUAGAAGUGCGAAUGUUAAAUCUUAAGAAGUGGUUAAAAUAAAGUGUAUCAGUCUAGUUAAA